UACACAGGUGUGACGUGCAGCAGGUCCUUAGGUGUUCACUCCCAGCCUUGCUCAGCCUGUCUGCUCAGGUUCAAAGAGAGGUAGGAGAGCUCUCAGAGUUACCUGUGACAGGUGAGCAUGAAGCUCAGGGACACAGACAGGCUGACAGUAAGAAGCAGCAGUUUCUCACAUUUGUGCGUUUCACUUCUUAACACAGACAUUCAGUGACCCCACAGAGGAAGCUGCAAGGCUGAGAAUCCUUUCAAAGUAAAAUCCUUAACGUGUGGUCUGCUCACAGUUCAGACUUUCCAAAGUAAACCUACAAACACACCUCUGAGCUGUGAUGAGAGUCUGACUCAGGUGUACCUUAAUCAUCUGUGUGUCCACAGAGCUGCAGUCACCUGCCUCGUCUUCAUCAUCUCACACACAGGUGAGUCUCCCUCUGUUCUCUCAUCAAACAGGAAGACUUUAAAUUCAACGCAGCUAUGUAGAGUCCAGUAAUCAGAUUGCAGUUACUGAUCAGACAGAUGGGUAGACUUUGUCUCUGUUGUGUUUUAAAUGCAGUGCAGGUUUUUCCACUCUGUGAGGUGGGAGCGUCUCAUUUUUCUCCAGUGUGCUGAUGUUUCUCCUGAAGCCUUCGUUAGUCACUGUCUUUACUCGUCAUUGGUUUUGGUGACUUUUGGUGAUGUUGGUGCGUCUGUGUGAUGUCACAUGAUACUAAAGCAGGAGAGAAGUUUAGUAUCUUGGUUUAGAGAGGAACGUCAUCGUGGUGAAGAGAGAGCUGUGGGUGAAAGCUAACCUAAUCAUUCAGAGGGUCUUAAGGUAGAGCUGCUGCGCCUCCACAUCAAAGGGAGGCAGUUGACUUUGUUCAGGCAACCGGCUGGAUGCUGCUCUGACUCCUCCCAGACGAGAUUUUUCAGGUAUGUCCUCCUUUGAAAAGUCUGUAGUGCAGAUCCAAGACACACUGGAGAGAUUAUGUCUCUCAGCUGACUUAAGUGUGAUCUAAGCUGGUGUGAGAAAUCCACGUUCUAACAUACAAUGUAGCAGGAAACCCCUUUUAACGCUACACUGUAACCUUCCAUGUCAAUCAUUCAUUAAGGGCUGUGUCGACCCCACGUGUAGUUACGCUUUUCUGAGAUUACGUGUCAGGUAACCUCCCUCAGCAUGGUUUCGAUGCUUGCUGUUGUGUUUGUGUGUCUGUCAGUGAGCAGAGUGGUGCACGUGUGCGCCCCGGUUGGAGGUGAAGUCCUGCUGCAGUGCGUCUGCCCCGAGCUGCGGCGUUUGCCUCACAGAGUCGGUGUUUUCUGGAGGGACAGAGAGGACCGGACUGUGCUGGACAUCAUCCUCAGCAGCCCGUAUGUUCGCUUCCAACAUCACCUGUUCAGAGGGCGAGUGCAGAGCUUCCCUCACACCUGUAACCAGGGAAACUUCUCCAUCCUCCUGAAGCACCUGCAGCUGUCAGACAGCAGCAGCUACACCUGCUUCAUCCCACAGCUGAAGCUCAAGGAGACGAUCCAGCUCACUGUGUCAGAUCACUGCGUGUCUGAAGCUCAGAGGACUCCUGGACCUUCAUCUGCAGACUCCAGCUUCACAGCAGGUUACCUUCAUCUCACCACCAGCCUCACGCUCCUCAUCUUCCUCCUACUGAAUCCUUGAUAGGAGCGAGGCCUCGAACACAGACUGAGCUGGACUCUUUCUUUAUUUAAAGACUAAAUACUUUUAUGGAUGAUCCAAGAGCAUUUAUUAUUAUUAUUAAUGUUAUUUAUUGAGUAAAUAAAUCCACAGGAUGAGGAGAGGAAAUGUAGACCAUUAUCUACACACUGAUCAUAAACACUGGCACUGUGUUUGGAGGUGGGCGGGGUUACAGCACACCUGAAGCACGAAUAAAGCUCACCUGGUGGUAAGAUGGUCACAAUGAAGUGAACUCUGACCUCUGAGGGAUAAAAGGUACAAAGAGAGCAUCAAGAGGAGGAGAAGGAAGGUUUCAUUGGAGACAGAUGUUUGUGAUGAUGUUCAUGGUGGUGGGUCAGUGAUGGUAAACAGCUGAGGCUCCCUCUGGUGGACACAUUAAUAACCACAGCUUUCCUCUCUCUCUUUAUCCCGUAUCUUUAAUUAUUGUCUCACUUUCAUUGUUAUUGUUUGCACAUUUUUUCCUGUUUGUGAUUUAAUGUAGAUUUUUCUGUUAGUACUGUAAAGAUAUUUUUG